UAUGAAUAUAAAAUGUGGCCAUAAUUAUCAUAAAGUUUAUCAUGCAAAAUUUGUCAGCCUUAUUCCUUCUGUGGACACCUGCAAGCAGCCUUUAUGAGGACCAGUGCAGAAGAGGGCGCUAACCUCCUGCCAAACUGUGUCUGCUUCAGCUCGACUCCUCCUCCUCCUGCUCCGUCUUUUUGUCACAUUGUCCAACAUGGCUACAUCCAUGGCAAGGACCUGCCGCUAUGUAUCGCGGCACAGGUCCUGUAUCCUCCAGAGUCUGUGCCUCACACUGCGGUCUAGUUUCCAUUGUUCUGCUACUGUACACAACGGGCUGCUCUUCAGUCUAAACAAACGCGGUGUACUGAAGGACUCCUUCCCCGAAAACGCAGCUCAGGAUCAGCUCCCUCGUCUGCUCCAGUCCGGUGCUCAGACUGUUUACUGCGGGUUUGACCCCACGGCUGACAGCCUCCAUGUGGGCAACCUGCUCGCUAUCAUCGGCCUCCUGCACUUCCGUAGCGCCGGGCAUCAUGUCCUCGCUGUGCUCGGAGGGGCAACGGCGCAAAUCGGAGACCCGAGCGGGAAAACGAGCGAGCGGGAGCGGCUGUCCUCGGACGCUGCGGAGGCGAACGGCCGCAGCAUCCGGGAGAGCAUCCAGACGAUUUUCACCAACCACGAACUGUACUUCCACGAUCGCUCCAGGAAGCUUGGCACCGUGACAGUACUGAACAACCUGAGCUGGUACAAAGACUGGGGCGUGGUGGGGUUUCUGUCGGAGGCCGGUAGGCACUUCAGGAUGGGCACCAUGCUCAGCCGCCACAGCGUGCAAUCCAGGCUGAAGAGUGAAGACGGCAUGAGCCUGACAGAGUUCACCUACCAGGUGUUUCAAGCUUAUGACUUCCACCACCUGAACCAAAUAUAUGGCUGCAAGAUUCAGCUGGGAGGCACCGACCAGCUGGGCAAUUUGAUGUCUGGCCACGAGUUCAUUCACAAAGUGAGCGGUGAGGAGGUGUACGGCCUGACCGUCCCACUGGUGACCAGCUCCGUCGGGGACAAGCUGGGGAAGACGGCAGGCAACGCGGUGUGGCUCAACAGAGACAAGACGUCUCCCUUCGAGCUCUACCAGUUUUUUCUCAGGCAGCCCGAUGCCAGCGUGGAAGAGUACCUGAGGCUGUUUACCUUCCUGCCUCUGGCGGAGGUGGAGAGGCUGAUGGAGCAGCAGAGAGAGGAUCCGGGUAAACGCCUCGCACAUAAACGACUGGCCGCAGAGGUGACAAAACUGGUGCACGGAAAGGAGGGCCUGGAGAGUGCUAAGAGAUGUACCAACGCGCUUUACCACAGCAGCGUGCAGGCCUUGGAGGAAAUGAGUGACGAGGAGCUGCAGGAGCUCUUCAGGGAGGCCCCCUUCCAUGAGCUGCUGCUGGAGCCAGGAACUACCGUGAUAGACGCCUGUCGCAAGGUCAACGCCGUCCCCGAGGGACCCAGAGGGUAUCGUAUGGUUUCGGAGGGAGCAGUGUGGAUCAACCACAAACGAACAGAAAAACCAGAGCAAGUACUGAUCCCUAAACUCCACAUCCUGUCCAACGGACUUACUCUGCUCAGAGUGGGCAAGAAGAACUUCUACAUCAUCAAAUGGCUCAGUCUUUGAAGCUGCCUCCAGUUAUCUGUGAUGGACUGACUAGGAAGGUAGGGCAACUACACCUCAGCAGGGUCAGUGAGGGCACAUGGACAGACUGGUGUUUUUGGAAUGUACUGGGCUUUUUGGCAUAGCCUGAUUGCCUUUGGUUGUCAUAUAAAUAUGUAUAUGUACAGAUCUGAUGUUUAUUUAAAGCUAUGGUAUUAAAAGAAUUUCAUAUAAAGA